AUGUUCGGCGCGGCUUGCUAUGCGCUGACCCAGUGUCUGUAUCUUAUUGCUGUCCUGUUACUCGUGCAAUGUUUAAGGCUCCUCUGGAAGCAUCCCUUUCCCGCCAAUGCCCCCAAGUUAGUCUCGGGAUACCCGCUGCUGGGCGCUCUUCAGUUUUUCUCCGAUCGAAAUGGAUUCUGUCGUAUCUCCAAGGCAGCUUCUCCCAGCGGAAACUACAGUUAUUACCUUGGUCGGCAUCGAAUGGUUGGUCUAUGCGGUCCUCAGGGCCGUAAGGUCUUCUUUGAAAGCCAAGAUCUUGAUGUGGAUGAAGGGGUCGCUGUGCUUCUCCCAUUCGUAAACUUGGUUGAAGCGUCUAAUGAUCCAUCCAGCGAUACGCAUACUGCGUAUCUUCGGAGCACAUUGCGCACGCGGCUGUUGCGCACGCAGAGCCUCGAGUUCGUUCCUCACACUAUAGGGACGUACAUCACCGCAACUCUGAAUCACAUUGAGGCCGAAGGACUAAUUGAUCCUUUUCCUGAGAUGAAUUUGUACUAUACGCAGUCCACCAUGGCAGUGCUGGGAGUCGAGAAGGUGGCUCGCUCCCCCGAGCUGUCCAGGAAGAUAGGUGAGCUGCUAGGCUUACUGGAGGGAACAUUUUCAGCGACAGACAUAGUGAUUCCCUGGCUUCUGAAUCCAUCACAUCUUCGCACGGUGAUUGGUGUAGCGCGACUGUAUGUGAUGCUGUGGCAGAUCAUCGGUAAUCAGAAGAAGGAGCAGCAGCAACAGCCGCUGUCACACAAACAAGAGUCCGAGAACGUGGGCAUACUUCAGGAUCUGAUAACGAAGGGACGGAGUAUGAGGGCGAUGCUGCAGGCGAACUCCCCAACAGUGACUUCGUGGAUGCUGAUCAUGCUUGCUACGAAUACACAUUGGAUGGCUCGGGUCCGUCAAGAACUGAACCAAGUAGUCUUCAAACAUAGGAAGGAUGGUGAGUCUGCAGAUCAAGUUCUGCAAGGCUUGGGUGUGUCUACCUGGGAACACGAAUUUCCCCUCCUCCAUGCCUGUCUUCUGGAGACUGUUCGACUGGUUCUUGGGUUGGUCACGAUUCGUAAAAACGUUAGCCCGAACGACAUUCCCAUCGGAGACAAAGGCGAGGUGAUACCGUCUGGGGCCUAUGCGACCUACGACCUUCAAGAGGUGUUCCAGGACCCAGCCAUAUAUCCUGAUCCACAGCGCUGGGACCCGGGUCGCUUCUUGUCGGAUCGUGCAGAACAUAUGAAAGAAUACCUUGCGUUUUGUGGCUUCGGAGCAGGGCGUCGGAAAUGCCUAUAUUCUAACUGGGUCACCAAAAAUCGACCUGUGAAGCCGGAAGAAGGUUGGUACAUCUUCAGGCACUUGGAGCAGUGA